AAGACAAUUCGCUACGAAGAGGAACGCAGCGACGACAAGGACAACGACAACGACAACGACGGAGAGGCAGGGAGCAUCAUCAAGCGCGAUGAGGACAAGGGAUACCACACCGCCGCUUGUGAAUGCGACACAGACACUGGAGUCGUAUUCUCAGGAUUUCUGGCAGAGGCAAAUGUCCAACGUUGAGGAGCACGCCUCCUCGAGCACCCACUCGAAUCCAAUGGACGUGUUCAAACCCCAGGCAGGCCAACUUCCCUUGGCGAGGAUCAAGAAGGUGAUGAAGAACUCUGAUGAUGAGGUCAAAAUGAUUUCGGCGGAGGCACCUAUAUUGUUUGCGCGCGCAUGCGAGAUCUUCAUCGCCGACCUAACCUGUCGAUCGUAUCUACAUGCGAGUGCUAACAGGAGGCGAACGAUUCAACGGUCCGAUGUCGUGGCGGCCGUAGGGCUCUCCAAUAUCUUCGAUUUCCUCGUUGAUAUAGUCCCUCGGCCAGGUGCCAACGCAACCUCAAGCAGUCACGGCAGAAAGGAAUCGACAGAGCAGCAGCAACAACCAAUGCGUCUCGAAGACGAGUGACGCUAGAUCACGUGUAUCCGUAGGCGCAUCAUGUACUGUACAGAAAAUGUUGAAUAAAUAAGUAAAAUGUC